UGAAUUAGAUAAAGGAGAGUUGUGAGUGUGAUCCAGCGGCGCGGCGCGGUGUUUGGCCCACGCAAGGAUUCUGUUUACACGUGGUAGGAAGAGAAGCUGCCUGUGACUGGGAUUAUUCUCCCAUUAGUCCUUCAUUAUGGGUCGGCCAGAUUUCUCACCUCGCGGGGGUGGCUUCCGCGGCGGGCGAGGAGGAGACAAGGGCGGCAGAGGAGGAAUGCGGGGCGGCCGUGGUGGUGGGGGGGACAGAGGCUUCUCUCCUAGAGGCCGAGGCGGCUUCACGCCCCGUGGCCGAGGGGGUGACCGAGGUGGUCGUGGGCGUGGUGGUGGUUUUGGCCGUGGUCGUGGGGGAGGCAGAGGAGGCUUCAGGGGAGGCAACAGAGUGAUGAUUGAGCCUCACCGUCACGAGGGAGUGUUCAUUGCCCGCGGGAAGGAGGAUGUGCUGGUGACAAAGAACAUGGUGGUGGGAGAAAGUGUCUACGGUGAGAAGAGGAUGAGUGUUGAGGAAGGAAGUGAAAAAAUAGAGUAUCGUGUGUGGAAUCCCUUCCGGUCCAAGCUGGCGGCUGCUAUUGUUGGUGGUGUGGGCAACAUCUACAUGCCUCCUGGCUCCAAAGUGCUCUACCUUGGAGCAGCAAACGGCACCACUGUGUCACACGUGUCUGAUGUUGUUGGUCCGGAAGGUGUGGUGUACGCAGUUGAAUUCUCCCUGCGGUCUGGCCGUGACUUGGUGAACAUGGCCAAGAAGCGGACCAACGUGGUGCCCAUUGUGGAGGACGCCCGCCACCCACACAAGUAUCGCAUGGUGUGCAGCAUGGUGGACACCAUCUUUGCUGACGUGGCUCAGCCAGACCAGGCUCGUAUUGUGGCACUUAAUGCUCAGCACUUCCUCAAAGUUGGCGGACACUACAUCAUCUCCAUCAAGGCAAACUGCAUUGAUUCCACUGCUCCUGCUGAGGCCGUGUUUGCCGGGGAGAUCAAGAAGUUGCAGUCUGACCUCCUCAAGCCCCAGGAGCAGCUGACGCUGGAGCCGUAUGAGAGGGACCAUGCAGUGGUGGUUGGGGUGUACCGCCCCCCCAAGAAGAACAAGGGUUAGAAAUUUUGGUUCCUAAUGGCCAUAUAUGAGAUAUCAUUGCAUUUUUGUUUUUAACUGUGCUAAUCUUUUGUAAUUCUAUGAAAAUAUAUUACUUAGUUUU